AUGAACUUUCGUAUUCUCCGAAAAGCUCGAGUUCUACGAGACCUAAAAACUCGUGAGGCAGUAGCUGCCGUAGAACUGGUUCGACAAGCCUAUCGUUAUAUCACUCGUAAUGAGCAAAUCAAUCCGAAAAUUAGACAACAAGCACAACUUAUGCUCAACUCGUUUCCACGUCAAGCUCGGCCCACCAGUGUCAAGAAUAGGUGCGUGGAAACGGGACGCGGACGAGGUGUAUUUCGCGAUUCAAGACUCUGUCGUUACCAAUUCAGGUUGAAGGCUUUGGCAGGCGAAAUUCCGGGGGUUAAGAAGGCUGUUUGGUGA